AUUGCGGCAGUGGUCAGCUUCUCUCUGCAAAUAAAUCACUUUUAUUUAUUUAUUUAUUCCCGCAUGCUGUUUUCUUUUCUUUUAUACAUUUCAAGUGCUGUCAAAUCAUAGCCUUAACCGACAUGGUCUAUCGUCGAUCCAGUAGGUUCUCCUAGCUAAAGGGGUGGAUGGUUAUUCAGAGAUUAUACGCUCCGCAUCAUCAAACGGUGGGUACUCCGCUCCGGCGUCAUGCACAGCCACACAGCCAGGAUGCAGCGCUAUAUCAAGGCAUACAGAAUCAGGCCUACUUGUUAAACCCCUUCCCCCACCCCCGACCAAACCACCUCCCCUCAAUGAGAAUAUCGCCGUGAUGGCCGAUGAAGAUGAACAACAACAACAUGGUCAGCUGAAGCUCAACUCGGUAUUGGGCUCUUUUCCAACACUAGUACCAGAACUCCAGGGCCCUGAGGCCAAUGCGUUGCAGUACAAAAUUAAGAAUUCAAUUUGCAAGUCUGUCCAGUCAAAAGUGGACAACAUAUUGCACGAUGUUGAGAAGUUUACAGACAUCGAAAAACUCUACCUCUACUUGAAGUUGCCUUCUGGUCCCAGCAAUGGCAAUGAUAAAAGGACUGAGAAUCAGAGAGCCUCCACUCCGGGACUAUGUGACCAGAGCGGCAUGUCGUCCAGCCGAACACAGCAGAUGUACGCUUUCAACUGGAUCCGCAAUCACCUAGAGGAGCACCCUGAGACAUCACUGCCAAAGCAAGAGGUGUACGACGAGUACAAGAGCUACUGUGACAGUCUUGCCUACCACCCACUGAGUGCUGCAGACUUUGGAAAGAUCAUGAAGAAUGUGUUUCCCAACAUGAAGGCUCGCCGCCUGGGCAUGAGAGGCAAAUCUAAAUACUGUUAUAGUGGACUGAGGAAGAAAGCUUUUGUUCACAUGCCUUCUCUGCCCAACUUGGACUUACAAAAAUCAGAUAACGGGUGUGAGUCGAUGGAGCCGUCGUCGGGCCAGUCUCCCAGUGUGGAGGAUGAGAUGCGCUCAGCGGCCUGUGGCUUGGUGUGUGAGUGGGCUCAGAAGGUCCUCAGCAGACAGUUUGAUGCCGUGGAGGACCUGGCUCGCUUCCUGCUCAACAGUCACUACAUAGGAACCAAGUCUAUGGCUGCCCUCACCGUCAUGACUGGGGCUCCCACAGGUCUGAAGACAACCACGCCAACCUCUGCGUUCGUGCCCACGUCCGAGGCCUCGUCCUUCCAGCCGCAGGUGAAGACCCUGGCCUCUCCCUCGGUAGACGCCAAGCAGCAGCUCCAGAGGAAGAUCCAGAAGAAACAGCAGGAGCAGAAGCUCCAGUCCCCCCUGCCUGGAGAGGCCCAGGGACAGAACCAGGCCAGGAGGACCGAUGCCAGCACCCCAGGGCCAGCUAUCCCCUGUGGAAGUCCUGCCCUGCUUUCACCGCAACCUACCAUUGGUAUUGUGGUGGCAACCGUCCCCAGCCCCAUCACGGUGCAGAGGAGCAGGCAGCUGAUGACAUCCCCUAGCUUGGUGGGGUCCGCCGAGGGGAAGGUCAUGCCAACGGUUAACUUCCAGGUGGUCACCCACACCGAGUCUCUGACCCACAGACAGUCCCCUAAAACGCCCCAGAACAUCUCAGCCAGCCCCGUGGGAGACCGCCUGGCUAGGCACAGGUACCCCCAGAUCCUCCCCAAGCCCUCUGCCACGGGGGCCAUCACCCUGCGUUCGCCCCCCACCCUGCUCAUCACCAACAGCCCCAUGAAAACCCACCACGUGAUCCAGCCCCAGCUCAGCUCCCACGUCAACGUGGUCAAGAUGACCGCCGUCUCCCUGACCCCGAGCAACACUAUCAGUACCAGCAGUAACAGUAUGGUCCUCAGGCCAGCUUCAGCCUCGGCCGGGGUGGGAACCACCACCUCCUUUACCACCAUCGCUGCCCUAGAGGAGGUCCAGCAACAGGGACAGAGCCAGGGAGGCCCCACAGCUACCCCACAAUGCCCUGCAGUACAGCCUGGCGCCCCAGUCUCCACAGUGGCUCCUGAGGCCAUCAUCACUGACAAUAACCCGGGCGUUAACUCUGAUGAACUGAGCACCAUACAGAAGUCCCCCGGGAGCUCCAAUCGUCUAGAGAGGGCCACUAAGUACCGAGUGUCCAGCGAACCCUCGCUCCUGGUCAUAUGCUCCCCAGGACCUGAAAGAGUUGCCGCCAGGACCAAAAGCUACCCUUCCUCUAGCUCCCCUCCCACCUCUGCCACCAAUGCAGCGACUAUUAGGGUAGAGACCAAGCAGGACAGCAAUAGCAACAGCAGCACCGCCAACUGUCACCAAGAAAGUCCUUUUUAUUUAACUGUUGUGCCCUCGGCCAAUCAGAACACUCCUAGCGUCAGCGGAAAGUCUUCCUCGUCCAAUGGCUUAUCGGCUGUUACCCUAUUGACUGCUAGAGACUCCUCCUCCUGUGCAUCACGUUCUAUGAGUCCUCGGAAGCGAAACGGCCCUGGUCUGGAUUCCUCCCACGUGAUCCCUGUGAAGCGUGUCUUCAUCUCCCAGCAACAUUUAGGUGUGACCUUUGACCCCAAACCAGUGGUUACUGCCGCUGUGAAGAGGGUCCCAGCCAGACAAAGCACGCCGGCCCGACCGGAGAGCGCCCCCUGUCGAGUGACGGUGAAACAACACCUAGUGCCCACGCAGAUCCUGGCGCUGUCUGACUCGCCCGUCACGAACGCAGAGAUCUCUUCCUCCUCCUCCUCUCAGACUGUCAGUGUGAAGCCCCAGUCCUCCUCGUUGCUGCUAGUUAAGCAGGAAGACCAGUCCUCCUCGUUGCUGCUAGUUAAACAGGAAGACCAGUCCUCCUCGUUGCUGCUAGUUAAGCAGGAAGACCAGUCCUCUCUGACUGUCAGCAGUCACACCAGCAGCACUGAAGCCUCUGGUACAACCACCACCGCAGUGUCUGAGCAGCAGCAGCAACAACAGCAGAAACAACAACAGCAACAGGCCUUACUACAGCAGAUCACAGCAGGGACAGUAGGAGCACAGCAACACUCUGUCUCUGGGAUGACAGUAGGAGCACAGCAACACUCUGUCUCUGGGAUGACAGUAGGAGCACAGCAACACUCUGUCUCUGGGAUGACAGUAGGAGCACAGCAACACUCUGUCUCUGGGAUGACAGUAGGAGCACAGCAACACUCUGUCUCUGGGAUGACAGUAGGAGCACAGCAACACUCUGUCUCUGGGAUGACAACAGGAGCACAGCAACACUCUGUCUCUGGGAUGACAGUAGGAGCACAGCAACACUCUGUCUCUGGGAUGACAGUAGGAGCACAGCAACACUCUGUCUCUGGGAUGACAGUAGGAGCACAGCAACACUCUGAGGUCUCUGGGAUGACAGUAGGAGCACAGCAACACUCUGAGGUCUCUGGGAUGACAGUAGGAGCACAGCAACACUCUGAGGUCUCUGGGAUGACAGUAGGAGCACAGCAACACUCUGAGGUCUCUGGGAUGACAGUAGGAGCACAGCAACACUCUGAGGUCUCUGGGAUGACAGUAGGAGCACAGCAACACUCUGUCUCUGGGAUGACAGUAGGAGCACAGCAACACUCUGUCUCUGGGAUGGCAGUAGGAGCACAGCAACACUCUGUCUCUGGGAUGACAGUAGGAGCACAGCAACACUCUGUCUCUGUGAUGGGGAACAUGACAAGCACAGUGUUGGAAGAGUCAGCCGCAGGAUAUGUGGAGGAGCUGCAGAAACAGGCCUUCACUCAGACUAGCGCAGCAGAAUACACCAAGCAGCAGGCCCUGGGUUCUACCAACCAACACCAACUCUCCAACGUCAUGUCCCAGACCUCAGACUCCUCUGAUCAGAUAUCUGGCCUUCACCAGGAGAUGGUGGACUUUGCCUCCUUAGCCUCCCAGCACGGCUCCACCAUGAACAAUAUGACCCAGGACAGCAUAGUGGAGGAACUGGUUCAGAUGGAGGAACAGAUGAAGCUGAAGGGCCUCCAGCCGUUGUUCAGUAGCUGUGUGGAUAAUAUCUCUCUCCAGGGCCAGCCUGGGGGCCCCCAGGGGCCCAUCCUCAACACUCACCACCAGGAGGAUAGUUCCUCUUUCUACCAGUCUGCCCAUAGCAGCAUUACCCCUACCCUGACUCCAACCCCUACCCCCACGGAGAUGACUCUCGGUGGGCACGAGCUGACCAGAGAGAGCCCCUGUUGCCAUCACAGCAUGGCCCCCAUCACGCCCGUGGAGGGGCCUCUAGGAGGCCGACACACCCCUAUGAGCGCUCUGUCUAACUGUUCUAGCGGCAUCCCGCCCAGCCCGGUGGAGUGCAGGAACCCAUUUGCCUUCACCCCUAUCAACUCCAGCAUGGCAGGGGGUUACCGCGAUGCCUCCGUGGUGUCUGUCUCCUCCAGUCCCAUCAAGCCCAUGCAGAGACCCAUGGCCACUCACCCAGAUAAGGCUAAACUGGAGUGGAUCAACAACCGCUACAACAGUAGUGGUACUGAAGCUACUGGAGGAGUCGGAGCAGGGCCAGGGUCCGGGUUAUCCAUCUCUAACCACAGCCUUGGUGGACUCCUGCCUAGUUACCAGGAUCUAGUGGAUGACCAUUUCCGUAAGCCGCACGCCUUCGCUGUCCCGGGGGGCCACAGUGGCCAGUCUUUCCAGGCUCAGUCCAGACAGCAGGACGGCAGCCAUUUUGGACAUCUCACCCCCAUCUCUCCGGUGCAACAGCAGUUGACCAGCGUACCAACCAACACGGCAACCAAACAGGACGAGAGCUUCGCUGUGCCCGCCCCUUUGGACAGCAAGGGUGGAGUCUUGUCAACAGGGGGCGGGGCGUUCCGUUGCCGCAGCGUCAGCCCCGCCGUGAGUCAGAUGACCUUCAGCGGUACCGUCACAACCCCCGACGCCGGCACUACCACUCGAUUGGUUGUCUCGCAGUUUAGUUCCCCCAUGACCUCACAGGAAAUUCUCAUCAUUCUGUCCAACAGCCAAUCGGUGGGCGGCAACCUCCACAGCAUGGCCCAGCGCAGCCAAUCGGUGCCCUUAAACAUCAUGAUGCAGAGCGUUGUGGAGAUGCAGGGCAUCCAGGGACAGAACCAGAGUAAUGCCACUAAGAUCACCAACGUCCUCCUGAGUAAGAUGGACUCUGACGCAAACGACACUGUGAGGGGCCUGGGCAUCAACAACCUUCCUUCCAACUAUACCGCCCGCAUGAACCUCACCCAGAUGCUGGAGACCCGGUCUCAGAGUCAGACUGCCCCUGGGGGCUUCACCACUGGAGGAGAUGGAGGAGGAGGGGGGAACGUCCACCAGUCUCAGCUGCAGACCGUCAGCUCCAGCCCUGCCUCUUUCGAGCUCCAGCAGCACGGGGGUUAUCUCACCAGUACCGGAGGACGCGGCGGGGAGAUGAGCUUCAACCAAGCACAAUCAGGCCCUGGUGGUGAGGAUGUGGACUGGAGCUACAGCAGAUCCAGGAGCUUCAGGAGGCCUCAGGACAGCUCCAUCCCCAGCUACUACAAACCCAGACUAGGCCGCUCCCUCCAGAGUCCCCAUCCCCAGCUCCACAUUCCCCAGGCCCAGCUCCAGAGUCCCCACACCCAGCUCCAGAGUCCCCACACCCAGCUCCAGAGUCCCCACACCCAGCUCCAGAGUCCCCACACCCAGCUCCAGAGUCCCCACCCCCAGCUCCACAUUCCCCAAGCCCAUCUCCACAUUCACCAGGCCCUGCUCCAGAGUCCACACACCCAGCUCCAGAGUCCACACACCGAGCUCCAGAGUCCCCAGCUCCAGAGUCCCCACCCCCAGCUCCAGAGUCCCCACACCCAGCUCCAGAGUCCCCACACCCAGCUCCAGAGUCCUCAGCCCCAGCUCCAGAGUCCUCAGCCCCAGCUCCAGAGUCCCCAUCCCCAGCUCCACAUUCCCCACACCCAGCUCCAGAGUCCCCAUCCCCAGCUCCACAUUCCCCAAGCCCAUCUCCACAUUCACCAGGCCCUGCUCCAGAGUCCACACACCCAGCUCCAGAGUCCCCACACCCAGCUCCAGAGUCCCCACACCCAGCUCCAGAGUCCCCACACCCAGCUCCAGAGUCCCCAGCCCCAGCUCCAGAGUCCCCACCCCCAGCUCCAGAGUCCCCACACCCAGCUCCAGAGUCCCCACACCCAGCUCCAGAGUCCCCACCCCCAGCUCCAGAGUCCCCAUCCCCAGAUCCAGAGUCCCCACCCCCAGCUCCAGAGUCCCCACCCCCAGCUCCAGAGUCCCCACCCCAGCUCCAGAGUCCCCAGCUCCAGAGCCCCCAGCUCCCCAGCUCCAGAGUCCCCACCCCACCCCCAGCUCCAGAGUCCCCAUCCCCAGCUCCAGAGUCCCCACACCCAGCUCCAGAUUCCCCACACCCAGCUCCAGAGUCCCCACCCCCAGCUCCAGAGUCCCCAGCUCCAGAGCCCCCAGCUCCAGAGUCCCCACCCCCAGCUCCAGAGUCCCCAGCUCCAGAGUCCCCACCCCCAGCUCCAGAGUCCCCACCCCCAGCUCCAGAGUCCCCACCCCCAGCUCCAGAGUCCCCAGCUCCAGAGUCCCCAGCUCCAGAGUCCCCAGCUCCAGAGUCCCCACCCCCAGCUCCAGAGUCCCCACCCCCCCAGCUCCAGAGUCCCCCCCCAGCUCCAGAGUCCCCAUCCCCAGCUCCAGAGUCCCCACCCCCAGCUCCAGAGUCCCCAGCCCCAGAUCCAGAGUCCCCACCCCCAGCUCCAGAGUCCCCAGCUCCAGAGUCCCCAGCUCCAGAGUCCCCACCCCCAGCUCCAGAGUCCCCAGCUCCAGAGUCCCCAGCUCCAGAGUCCCCACCCCCAGCUCCAGAGUCCCCAGCCCCAGCCAGAGUCCCCAGCUCCAGAGUCCCCAGCUCCAGAGUUCCCCUCCAGAUUCCCCACCCCCAGCUCCAGAGUCCCAACCCCCAGCUCCAGAGUCCCCAGCUCCAGAUUCCCCCCACCCCCAGCUCCAGAGUCCCAACCCCAGCUCCAGAGUCCCCACCCCCAGCUCCAGAGUCCCCACCCCCAGCUCCAGAGUCCCCAGCUCCAGAGUCCCCAGCUCCAGAGUCCCCACCCCCAGCUCCAGAGUCCCCAGCUCCAGAGUCCCCAGCUCCAGAGUCCCCACCCAGAGUCCCCAGCUCCAGAGUCCCCAGCUCCAGAGUCCCCAGCCCAGAGUCCCCAGCUCCAGAGUCCCCAGCUCCAGAGUCCCCACCCCCAGCUCCAGAGUCCCCAGCUCCAGAGUCCCCACCCCCAGCUCCAGAGUCCCCAGCUCCAGAGUCCCCAGCUCCAGAUUCCCCAGGCCGGGUUCCAACUCUUCCAGCCCAUCACCACCCAGCAGCAGCAACAACAACAGGAUGAAGAAGACAAGGCACAACAACAGCUAGACUUCAACAACACUGUUAAAGACCUGUUAGGCGACGACGGCGUCAACGUCCACGCUGAAGGCCUCAACCCUAGCUCUCAGCUGGUUGGUCAGGUGGCCUCGGAACUCAACGCCGCUGUGGCGUCCGACUUCACCAACGACAUCGGGCUGACCUCUGACCUCUCCAGUAGCAUCACAGACCUGAACACGUUGGACGCCGACCUGUUGUUCGAUCCGUCCAAUCAACAGCAAGAACAGUACGAAGACGCCACACUGGAAGAGCUGAAGAACGAUCCUCUGUUUCAGCAGAUAUGUAGUGAAACUGUGAACUCCUCGUUCGACUGGCUGGAGUGCAAAGACCAGCCUACUACCGUAGAGAUGUUGGGCUAAUGAUGUUAUUGUGUGUGAACGAAUUGAAGCUCAUUGCCUUAUAUAGUUUACAAUGGGUCUUUGUCUAUUGGCCCUAGUCAGAAGCAGUGUACAAUACAGGGACUAGGGUGUGUCAAUUCCGAUACAGACUGGCUUAAAAUAAAUACGUAUAUUUAUGGGGUUUUGUUUUUUUAUUGUU